UCCUGCUCGGGGCACAAAUGCAUUCAGUUUGCUGGUUUAAUCAUUAACCUGAAAACUGAACUCUUCUGCCGGCCAGUUAUAGUGUUUUGUGGAGUUGAUUUGAACUUUACAGGCGAGUUUUAGUUUUUAAGCGGAAUUUCUUUCGUCUUGUACGAUCUCGGCCAAUGGUUUGCUGUAGUUUGUGGAACAACUUGAAUAACCAGUUUAUUGCCUGUUUAACUGCCUAGUUUCAGUUCGCUAGCAAGAGGCCGCUAAUGAAAGAUUUGAUGUGAAGACUGGGAACAAAUGAAACCGCAAAAUGUCUGAUGCAAAUAAAGUUCCAAGAAGUUCCGACAGAAAUCAACCUUCAAAUAAAGCACAUCGGGAAAGAAGAUAUCAAAACCACUCAAGUUCUGAGAAUAAUUAUCCUGGGAAACGUAGCAGAGAAGAUCGUCGAGAUUACAGGGAAUCUCACCAAAGCAAGCCCCAUCCUUCCCGACAAUCGUACCCUCCAAGUGAAAGACAUGAUCCACAUGAGGAGUACACCCGACAUCCUGGUUCUCGAGUGCCAUCAUCUCAUCCAAACAGUCACCCCUCUUCUUCCUCGCCACCUUAUUACAGCUCCCCAUCACAAACUAACCCUCCUCCUCCCAAAGAGUCCUUUGGGACAAAGUGCUCCUACAUGUGUUCAAGAAGAGACUUAAGUUGGCUUCUUGCUGCCUUCAGCAACUCUGGAAACCAGCACAACCCCAAAUCAUUUACCUGGAUUGGGACAAUUUCCCAAUUAGGAAGUGUUAGUAAGAUCGAGCUUCAACUCAGCAAUGGAAGAG